GGAGGGGGGCGGGGGCGGGGGCUGGCGAGGGCUCCGGGGCGGCAGAGGCUCCUUGGGGAAACGGCUGUGGGCCGCUUCGAGCCGGAAGCACAGAGGGCGCCCGGGGUUGCCUGGCAUCGCCGGCUGACCCUUAGUGAGGGGUCUCCAACCUUGGCAACUUUUAAGACUUGUGGACUCCAACUCCCAGAAUUCCUCAGCGCUCAAAGCUAAGCCAGCAAAGCUAAGUUGGCUGAAGAAUUCUGGGAGUUGAAGUCCACAAUAAGACAUAAAUUGCCAAGGUUGGAGACUCCUGCCCUAAAGGCCCCUUGGGGGCUACCGGCAGGCUGUCUGCCCAGCGGCGGAUGGCCCCGCCCCCCGACGGCCUCGGAGCCUCGGAAAUUGGCGGAGGGCCGCCCGAGUCCCCGCGACCCCAGUUUGGGGUUUGGGUGAGAUCGCCGAGGAGGCAGCUUGGGGGCUGUGCGACCGCCCCCGCCCCCUUUAGAAGCAGCCCUGGGUGCGGGACCAAACGCUCUUCCUUUUCGAGGGACACCGCUGUCCCGGCCCUGCUGCCGGCUUGGCGGGCUGCACAGGACGGCCGGGUGCACGGAAGGAGACAGCCCUCGCCCCCCCGCCUUGGCAUCCCACGCCCCUCCGGUUGCCUUGAGGGUGAAGGGGCUCUACGGGAGGUGGGAGUGUUGUGUUAAGGCAGCUGUUAUGCUGAGACUUCGUCUUUUGACCUGGGAUGUCACAGACACUCUGCUUCGUCUCCGGGUACCCGUGGGGCAGAGUUAUUCCGCCGAGGCCCAGGCCUUUGGCCUCCAGGUACCGGCUGAGGUGCUCAACCACUCCUUUUCCCAAGCUCAUAUAUCCCAUAGCCAGCGUUUCCCCAACUAUGGCUUGGGCCAGGGCCUCAGCUCCAAGCAAUGGUGGUUUGGGGUUGCCUUGGAGACCUUCCAGCUUGCCGGAAUUCAUGACACUGGUGUUCUUUGGCCCGUUGCCGAAAAACUCUACCGGGAUUAUAGUAGCCCAAAGAAUUGGGACCUGGUCCCAGGUGCCAUUGAGGUACUCCAGUGGUGCCAGCAACAGGGGAUCCCCAUGGGAGUGGUCUCCAACUCUGACCGCAGGGUGCAAGAGAUUCUGAGCCGGUGCAACCUCCGACAAUAUUUUCAGUUUGUCUUAACCUCGGAAGAAGUGGGGUUUGCCAAGCCAGACCUGCGCAUUUUUCUGGAAGCCCUCCGCAGUGCCAACGUGGAGCCCCAGCUGGCUGCUCAUGUGGGGGACCAUUACGUGAAUGACUACUUGGCUGCAAGGAAGGCUGGGCUGCACAGCUUCCUGUUUAAAAUGGCCAGGGGGCUGGUUGACAGCAACAUGGAGGUACCAGAAAACCACCUUCUAUCUUCACUUUUAGAUCUGCAGGCUCGGAUAGAGAAAGGCUAAAAGUAAAUGGCUGGAUUUCGGCAGCUGUUUCUAGCAGAGGAAAUUGCAAUUUUAACAACUCUUAACAUGAACCCGAAGUAAGACCAAUAAAAUCUUUAUCACUGCUGAUAAGAGUUUGCAGC